AUGACUUCCCAAGCCAAAGCCCUCCAGAAUACAUCAGACCCAGCUGAAACCGCCCAAUGCGACGCUUCUGGACCAAGACACGAGAGGAGUACCUCAGUCUCUCGUACCAAUUCCGCGGGCCACUGGGACCGCGCAGAGGAAAUUCAGCUCGGCAUCAUCAGGACCAAGGAAAGGGUUCUAGGAGACUCGCACGAGGAAACUCUACGCAGUAAACACGAAACGGCUGUGAUUCUCUCAGGACUGGGUCAAGACGAGGCGAGUGAAACGCUACAACUCGAGCUGUUGGGCACGAGAAAACGUGUCCUUGGAGACUUGCACGACGAUACGAUAAACAGCACAGAGCAACUGGCAAUCUACUACGAAAACGAACGCAAAUACGACAAAGCCAUGCCGUUCUAUGCCAGAGUCGUCGAAGUGAGCUCAAUCGCUUACGGACCAGAUGCUUCCGCCACGUUGAGUUCUUGCCGUGAUCUUGCGCGUAUACACAUGUUGCAAGGACGUCUACGGGAAGCGUGGCAGUUGCAAGAUUCCGCUUACCAGACGAGUUUGGCUAGAUAUGGGCUUGAGGAUGACUGUACUCAAGGUUGCAUUGCUGGGUUGGCACAGAUCGCUGAUGCGCAAGGCGACAAGGACAAGGCGAGGGAACUGCAACGGGGCGUCUUGGAUUACCAUGUGGCAAAGUAUGGUCGAGACCACCCAUGGACUAUGGAGUGUUCAGGGGACUUGGAUAAGCUGUGCGCUUAG